UAUGAGUCAACCAUUUAGAUAAACAUAAGCCAAUACACCAUUAUUGAAACAAUAUUGUUUUGGUUAUUGUUAACUACAAGACAAUACGAAAAUGUAUGAAAAUUGUUUACGUGUUUAUUUAGAUUGAAAAACAACAAUUGGAAAGAGUACAGAGUUUAUAUUAAAUACAUAUAUAAAUACACAAAAGAAAUAGAAAAUUAUUAAACAGAAUUCUCAAGAGAUACAUUACAAAGCAAUAUGAGUAAAUCAAGAGCUAGACAGUAUUUCGCUAAAGAAUGUGAAGAUGCCAUCAAUAAACAAAUCAAUGUGGAACUACAGGCUGCUUAUGAUUAUAUGGCAUUCUUCACUUAUUUCGAUCGAGAUGAUGUGUCAUUUCCGAAAGCAGCUGAAUUCUUUCGAAAAGCUUCACAUGAAGAACGUGAACAUGCAGAGAAAUUGGCCAAAUAUCAGAACAAACGUGGUGGUCGUGUUCAAUACAAUGAUAUCAAGUGUCCAACUAAGACAGAAUUCGGUGGUUUGGAGGAUGCGAUGAACACUGCAUUGUCGAUGGAGAAGGCAGUGAAUGAGAUCAUCGUUAACCGACAAUCGAAAAUGAUUAUUUGGUUUUAGAAAUAUAUUUCGAUUUUAUAUUAAUGUUUGUGUAAUCGUUCACAUCACUGACUUUAAAAUACGUGCAAUUCUCAACUGUCGAAUUGACCAUCAUAUUUCGUACAUUACAUUUCUAUCUCUGAGUAGUAAUAUGAAACUUGAAUGUAUCGUAUUAAAUUGACACAUGUGAUAGUUACAUUUUAGUUUGGUUAGUUUCAUAGACAUGGUGAGUCACAAUUCACUGUGAAAAUGAAAUACUAAUCUAUUAAAUGACAACAUGAAAUACACUACAUACAUUGGUUCUAUUGUUUCUUCUCUUUUUACAGUCAUUAUUGAAACUUCAUGAAAUCGCUGUGAAGAACAAUGAUCCAGCACUGACUGAUUUCAUUGAGAGUCAGUAUUUGCAUGAACAAGAAGAUGCAAUCAAACAAUUUGCUGACUAUGUGACAGAGACAGAUCGAGUUGGAAGUGGACUUGGUCAAUAUUUAUUCGACAAGAUCACACUGAAAGAAUAAACACGACUUCAGUUGAACUGUUCAUUCAUUGUUAUGUCGUUCAUGUAUUUCUCUGUAUUGUUUUUAUUAUCAUUAAAUGAGUGAUUCUCACAACUUUCUCAUUAAGUUUCUUAUUGUCAUUGAAAAUGUGAGGAAGUCGAAGUGGACAACCUGUUUGAAGUAGUAAAUAAGUGAGUUAGUUGACUUUGAGGUUUUGAUGUGGGAAGUAUGUUAUAGACCAACCAAAUCGACGUGAUGAAUGGUAUGUGAUGUUUCUAUAUAGUGAGUGAAUGGUGAUUUAUUGUGUUGGCUUUUGAGAUUAUACUAUACAGUUAUUUUUCAGAAUACAUUUGAAAGUAACCAUGUAGUAUUAGAUAACGUUGGGAAUUUGUUUAUUUUGUGACGGAUAUGGACAUUCCAUAGUACACAAAAUGUGUUAGCUUUCUACACACUGAAUGAAUCGAUAAUGAAUUAGCGAGCUUAAGAAUAUUUUGAAAUGCACAAGUCUUAUUUUUCACAGAUUACCUCACUUUGGUGUUGUUGAAAACUACACAUUACUGGAUAAGCGUUUAAUCCUAGUGAGGCAUUUCCUAACAAUGUGACUAAUAAAUUUUAAAAAUUAAACCAAUUUGCUUGGAGUCACUUCAAUUAAACUAUAUUUUUAACUUUAAAAUGGCUUUCUCUAUAUAUUUCUUACGUUCUAGUUGAAAGUUCUAACUUGUGACGUUCCAACCUGUAGACGUCUAAACAGGUGUCACCAGAGUCAUUGGUUGGUAGUCGCUACACAUAGCGAAGUUUCUGAAGUUGAUAAUGGUACAUUUAGACGCUGAAACUGUUGAUCUAACGUUUCAGAUUUCUCCAUGAAACUUUCAAGUUUUUAUUUAAUUCCAUCUGUGAUUUUAUGUGUAAGCUGAUUGAUACUCUCCUAUUAGGAUCAAACGUAUGUUCAGUGCUUCCUAGUAUUAAAUGGUAUUCAAAUUGAGAUCAUCCUGUGAUGAAUACAACUAAGAAAAUCAAACCAAUUUCUAGAAACAAACGUUAAUAGUCUUGAAAAUCACACGGCUGACAUGACUCUGUUGAAAAUUUACCUAUAACAACCUACCAACUGAAAUGACUUGGUCAAUAUUUAUUCGACAAGAUCACACUGAAAGAAUAAACACGACUUCAGUUGAACUGUUCAUUCAUUGUUAUGUCGUUCAUGUAUUUCUCUGUAUUGUUUUUAUUAUCAUUAAAUGAGUGAUUCUCACAACUUUCUCACUUAGUUUCUUAUUGUCAUUGAAAAUGUGAGGAAGUCGAAGUGGACAACCUGUUUGAAGUAGUAAAUAAGUGAGUUAGUUGACUUUGAGGUUUUGAUGUGGGAAGUAUGUUAUAGACCGACCAAAUCGACGAGAUGAAUGGUAUGUGAUGUUUCUAUAUAGUGAGUGAAUAGCGAUUAAUUGUGCUAUGCUUUGAGUAUACACUAUUUAAUAACAUUUAAUAUUUCGUUGACAUAAUCUUGCGUUCUUAUAGUAAAGAUAAAGAAACUACCUAAAAUGCAACAGAACAGCUGUAUGUUGGUUAUAAAUAAGAUUAAGAAACAAUUCGGUAUCCUUUGUAUGCCUAGAAACAAUUUUUCCUAAAUUUUCUGUUGAAAAUAUGUAAAUUACAUUUAAAAUUUUGAUCUGGACCUUAGAUUAAUGUAUUGUUAUUCGUUAUUAGCUUAUCUGUCAUAAUUUCAGGAUGAUGAUUACUUUUAGUGAGCAGGUAAGCGUGUUCAAUAUAAAGAAUGUGUUCGAGACUUUUCAUGUUCUGUUAAAAGUUCCCGUACUAUAAUUUUAUUUCUUAAGCUUUGAUUACAUCAUCUGUGUUUUAUUCAAUUUACGGAUAAAUAUUUUUUUCUGUAAGAAUUUGAAGUUUACAGGGUAUUUACAAAAAUUACUGAAGGGUUCCAUAUAUUUGAGGGUGUCCUGAUUCAAUAUUAGUUAUCUGCUACCAACAAAUAAUUUAAACAUCUAAUGGAUAAAACUGUUUUGUUCGUAGAAUAUUUGAAUUAUUUUUCAUAUUGGAGCAUUACAACGCUGGUUGGCUUUGAUUACACAUGACUCAUUAGCAAUUCUCAAGCACAACUUUAUCAGUGAUAGAAUACAGGACAUUCAACCUUAGCAACUGGCUCUUAACCUUCAAGCAACUCAAUUUAGAUCCAGGGUCUUACAUUUACUGCUUUAGUUAGUUCGUGAUUUUGCACGACUUCGAUUGGUUGCCGUUGAUUAUAUUUGUCUUACAUUCUACCUGGUUGAUCUAUACUGUUCAUGGCUUCUCACUAGUACCGUCAGAUCAGAACAAAGCAGCUGUCAACUGCUUUCGGGUUUUUAAGCAAAAGUCAGUCUGUGUUUUGAAUCUUUUAUAGGGCUAGCGAAAUGUCACUAAGCCCUAACCAAAUCAUCCGGCAGUUGGGUCAUUGAACAUCGAACAAAUCAUCGAUCCUCGUCAAGGUCAAGGACAACCGACGCGCAUCAGUUAAUCGUAUGCCAUGGACUGGCCUAUGCGGUAGUGAUCUUACUAUCGCUUGUAUCUACUUUAACUAAUGUAUUCCUGUAAUAAAGUCCUCUGUGUUGUACAGUCUUCAAUGCAUCUAUAGCACCUUGAUAUGCCAAUGGGGUAGUCCACGUAAGGUGCUGACCACGAGGUGUGACUUCGACUUUAGCUAGUUUGUCACACCAUUCACGUCUAACUCGAGUAGGCCUCCAAUCAUUUCGACAUAGAUCAUCUACGUUGGUGAUCUUCACUUUAAAUUCGGUAAUCACUACAAUGCCCUACUAUAACUUUGAAUAUUGUUAAGUAUACAUGGAAUAAAUAUUGUUCUAAGGUUUUGAUAAAUAUAAUUUACAAACGCUAGAGGAAUCUCUGAAAUCGUAUAGUGCAUAAAAUAUUGCAAAACUAGGAUUAGAAAUGAAGUCAACGGGCGACAACUUUCUUAUAACUUUGAAAACAGUUUUCAUCAGGGUGGAUUACUUUAAUCAACUAGGGCUUCCUAUGGUUAUGUAGGUCAGGUUACUUCAAGUACUGUAAUGAGGCUCUUUAGGUCUUGGGACAAAUAUUUUAUAGAUUCAUCAAUUAAAGAAUUUCUUAAAUUUAAAAAAGAUUGUUGCUUAUAUUUCAAUGACACACUGUGUUGAGGACAUUAGAUCCCAAGAACUCAAUUGGGAAAGGAACAAAUUUCGUAAUUUUAUUUAGAAAAUUUAAAUUUCGUUGUUUUCGCUCCAAAGCGCUCUUGUCACCUUCAUGCCGUAUUUCCCACUGGGAAAUAUCUUAAAUGCUAUUGGUCCGUUGCGUCUUUUAGUGUGCUAUUUGGUAACUCUCCCCAAGGACGGUUUUGUGCUGUAUAUAUAUGUUUUGAAUUGUGUUUUGUUGUUAUCGCUCAUUUCUGGUUGUUUACAGAAUAUACUUCCCAUUC